AUAAUAAUAGAUGCGGACGAAACGCAGCCUCUAGAAAAAGGAAAACUGAAGAAAAAAGGUAUCAUUUCUCGGGGUUUAAGCUAAAACCCUAGAUAGAAAAUAAUCAAUAAUUCAAAUAAUCAUCAGUCAUGGCUCUGAGAGCAAAGGCGACGGCGGCUUUAGCAGCAGCUCCUCGUGGAUUGCUGCGGCUGUUCUCAACAACAACAACUCCAUCGGAUUUAUCAAUCUUUUCUUCUCAAGCCAACACGGCACCUUCUGCUCGUGAACAGGCUGAGCCUAACACUAAUCUCUUCGUCUCUGGGCUUAGCAAACGAACUACUACAGAGGGGCUAAAGCAAGCGUUUUCCAAAUUUGGUGAAGUAGUUCAAGCUAGGGUAGUGACUGAUAGAGUGUCAGGUUAUUCCAAGGGGUUUGGUUUUGUCAGAUAUGGUUCCUUAGAAGACGCUGAGAAAGGUAUAGAAGGCAUGGAUGGGAAGUUUUUGGAUGGCUGGGUUAUAUUUGCUGAGUAUGCAAGACCGAGGCCACCCCUACCUGGGAACAACACAGGCUCUGCCUACGGUAACAACACAGGCUCUGCCUACGGGAACAGCACGGGCUCUGCCUACGGGAACAGCACAGGCUCUGCCUACGGGAACAGCACGGGCUCUGCCUACGGGAACAGCACGGGCUCUGCCUACGGGAACAGCACGGGCUCUGCAUACGGGAACAGCACCGGCUCUGCAUACGGGAACAGCACCGGCUCUGCGUAUGGGAGUAACACGACUCCUGCAUUUGGGAAUAAUACAGGACCUAUGUCUGGGAGCAACAUGGCUGGUGCAUUUGGGAAUACAACAACUUCUGCAUAUGGGAGCAACUCAGAUCCUGCAACUGGGAGCAGCACAGGUCCUUCAUAUGGGAGCAACAAUUUUCAUGCAUAUGGAAGCAACACUAAUCCUGCAUAUGGGAGCAAUGAUAGUCCUGAUUAUGGGAGCAAAAAUGCUUCAACAUAUGGAAAUGCCACAGCUCCUGCAUAUAUGAGCAAUUCAGGUCCUGCCUUGAGUGAUAACAUGGGAUCUAUGUAUGGCUAUUCCUCAGUUUCUGAAUAUGGGAAUAACACAUCUCCUGCAGAUGGGAACAGCAUGGAUCCUGUAAUCAAUGACAAUAUUAGUGCUGCAUAUGGCCGCCAAUGACUUCUACGAAGCUAACAAGCUCAACAUCUUCAAAACUUUUUAGUCGAUGAGCACCAUUGCCAAUUCCUUAACAUUAUUCUGGUUUAUCUUUCAUAGUUGGAACAUGGUGGUGGAGAUUGCCACCUUACAAUGAGCAGAUUGAUCUUGGAAACAUGAGAAUCUCAAAAUGUCACAUGUUGAGAACAUUCUGUACAAUCUAUUAUUCAUAAACAUAUUCACACAAUAUAUGAUGAACUGAGGUAAAAUGUGUCCUCACCAUUGCAUCAUUAAGAAUUUUGUUUGUCAUUUGAGAUGGAACUUUAACCUGAGCUUUGUAGUCCACAUUCAGUAUUGUUAUGCAUUAGGAAGUUAUUAUCUCUA